UUCCCCGGGGUUGCGACGUCGUCUGUAUGGACGGAGAUAUUAACCGCUGGCCCUUGAUCUUUGCUUGAGGCGACGGUUGCGGUUAGCUAUCGACAUCCUUGCGGCAACUUCCAAGCAGGAAACUCAAGCAGGAAACUAGGUAGGUACUGGUAGUGCUAACAUGUUCCAAGUUUCGGUCGAGAAUUGCUGUAGACUACCUAGGUAGAUACCAAAAAUCCAAGGUUGAAGCGGAAGCUCCUCCCAGGGCUUAGUCAGGCGGGACUCCGCGCCAAGUCUCCCCUCCGCCUUGCGUUACUCUUGGCUUCAUUAUUCUAGGUUGGAGAAUCACCGAAAAUCAGUUGCGCAAAGAUGGCGCCUAUUCGACGCUAUCUCAGAAUCAGCAAGUACUCAGUUCUCGAGUGCCGCAUCUAUCUGGAGAACCCAGCAGACACAAGGUGGCUGCUGGACUCGCGUGAACCGGUGCUCCCUCGAAUCUUUACUGCCAUCAAACCACAUGUUCUACCGAAGCUGCGCGAAGAGAAUGAGAGAGCUCUGGGAAAGAAGAAGAAAAAGCCCGUCAAGGAUGUUAUUGUCGAAGACGACUUCGAGGUCGCAAUCUUCCUUCGCCAAUCUGGGACACGUCAUUCACUUCUCACACGACAGAAGACGUUUGCAGAACCUAAGAAGAUAGAAAGCAACUCUAAUAAGCUAACGGGGACGGAGGAUUCUCCUAUCAAAGUCAGGGACGAGUCUGACGCAGCCCGUCACGUUAUAGCGGACAGCGACGGUGAACCGGAACUGGAUUUGCAUGAUAUCCCGGAGGCUUCUCAGGCAGAAGAAGAAAACCGCAGUAAACGGCGUCGAACAUUGACAGUCUCUGACGACCCGUCCGAUGUACAACAGCCUGCAGUAAAGAGGAAAAGGAGACAGGAUGACGAUGAUGCCGGUUCCGAAGACGAGAAGAAGCUGGGCAUGAUAACGACGUACGAAGGCUUCAACAUCUGGGGCUGGGUAUUGUGUCUUCUGGUCACACGUAAGGGGGAGAGAGCCAGGACCAACAAUCUUGCACCUGAAACGACCGGGCAGCUGCUGCUGGAGGAAUGGAUAUCUUCGCAGGCGCCAGGCGGUGUUGAUGACGAAGAUUGAGCAGCACUGCCACUCUGCAAUGUGUGCCGAGUAAAAGGAGACCCGAGCUUGCGACAGUCGAGAUUUGUUCCGGACGGUGAUCUGACAGUUCUGACUGGCGACGGUAGAUGUUACCGAGACAAAAGCAGCCAAGGUUCUCAAGCAGGAUCUGCUAGACGUACAGUGGCUCUCUCAGAUGAAUGUCUGAUCACCAAUCAUAAAACGCCUUUGUCUCCUGAGCGACUAGGGGUGGAAGCUCAUCUCAGCAGCGGCGGCUCUGGUAUCGAACGUUUGCUUUUCGAUGCCAGCAUCCUGAGACACGCGAGGCAUAAACCUGUUGUACGCAAU